CACGCUGUCUCAGUGUUGUCAUGCAGUGGUGGCUCUGCUGUACCCCUUCACCUGGCAGCACACGUACAUCCCCGUUCUGCCUCCGUCCAUGUUGGACAUAGUCUGCACCCCGACCCCGUUCAUCGUGGGCCUCCUCUCCAGCUCGCUACCUCGACUCAAAGAGCUGCCGUUAGAAGAAGUCCUGGUGGUUGACCUUGGCAACAACCGAUUCCUACGUCAGCUGGAUGAUGAAGACUCCAUUCUUCCUCACAAGCUGCAGGCAGCUCUUGAGCACGUGUUAGAAAAGAGGAGGGAACUGGCCUGUGAGAAGGGAGAUCUGUCAAAUGACUCCUGCUCCCUCAGCACGGUGGUCUCGGAGGCCUUUGUGCGUUUCUUUGUGGAGAUGGUGGGCCACUACUCCCUCUUCAUGGGAGGGGCAGAGCGGGACGACGAGUCCCUGUCCUCGCCCACCUUACCCAGCCCCUCUUCCUCCCCCUCCUCAUCCUUUCAGCGCGAGGCCUUUCGCAAAGCGGUCACUUCCAAGAGCUUGAGGAGGUUUCUGGAGGUGUUCAUGGAGACUCAGAUGUUUACCGGCUUCAUCCAGGAGAGGGAGCUGCGCAGACAGGGCCUCAAAGGUCUCUUUGAGGUAAGAGCCCAAGAAUAUCUGGACUCACUUCCUGGGAGUGAACAAAGAGGCGUAAACAAGUUCCUCAAGGGCCUUGGAAACAAGAUGAAGUUUCUUUCCAAACGAUGAGCCAGGAAAAGCUGUGAAAGCAGGACAAAGAAGAUGGAAACGUGGAGAACUUUCCUGCACAGAUUCAUUCAGAAGGAGUGGAGACCUGGAUGUGCACGAGGAGAGCAGGUUUAACUCUCAGCAGUCGCUCCAUCAGUGUGAAGACCAGCAUAACGGAGCAGAAUCCAGUCUUCCAGUCGGUCCCGACAGUGUAUCACUGUGCAGCACAUCACAGAGUCGAUGUGUUCCUAAUGUCACCUGGAGACCUGCAAGGAGGGCCAAUCCUCUGUUGUACUUUUACUUUACAUUCCAAGUAUUUUCUAUAGAAGCUUUUAUAAAUACAAUAGUACAACUUCCUUGUCAACAGGAGGCUUUUAAGUUAAUUUAUAUCACUUUUAGACUAACUUUAUCUCUUUUUUUAAAUGUUUAAUUCAAAUAUUUUUUUAAAUAAUCUCCUGUAGCUGUUAAUACACUUUAUUAGAGUUUAGUCCAGAGAAUUUGUAGACCACUUGGGUUGUUGGGUUUAUGUACUACUAUUAUAAACAAAUGUACUUUAAUUAAAAUGGGAACUUGCAUUAAUGGUUGAGGAAUGAAAAAGAAAUCAGCCUAAAAUGUGUUUUUCCCCUCGGGAGUCCAGAGAUAAUGUGUGGCUAGAGCAGAAAAAUGAUUAUUGUCUUAGCUCAGUCCUUACUGUGAGUCUCUACAAAAACAACUAUCUUAAAAAGAAGAAAUGGAAUGUCAUAAAUAAAGUGAUUUAAAGUA